AUGUCUGACAAACCCGAUGUGGUUGAGAUUGAGAAAUUCGACAAGUCGAAAUGGAAGAAGCCAGAAACGCAAGAGAAAAAUCUACUGCCUUCAAAUAAAGAAACGAUUGAACAGGAGAAGCAAGCAAGCGAAUCAUAA